AUGCCAGAAACGACCAUUGAAAGUAAUAAAAGAAGAAAGUAUGAUAAAAAGACUCAAGUGAAACCAAACCAGUGUGAGUUUUUCCUCGCUAAGAAGAAUAGAAGAUGUUCCAUGCAGAGAAAAGCCAAUCAAAAGUACUGCUCUGAGCAUAUGAGUAAUGAUCAGGAUGAAGCUAAGGGUAAAAGAAUACCAUGUCCAUAUGACAAUCAACAUACUGUUUGGACAAAAGACCUUAGUGUGCAUUUGAAGAAAUGUAAUUCCAGACCAAAGGAAGAGCAUGAACCAUGGUAUGAAAAGGAUAUUAAUAUCAAUUUAAAAGGAGAUUCCACAGAGAUUGAUGUUACUGAAGAAGACAAAGAAUUACUGGAGGAAGUACUCCUUGAUAAAUACAUACCUAUUUUGAAGAAAGCAGUAAGUGAUUUUCUUGAUUUGAAGCAUGAGCCAUCUGAACACCAAGGAUUAGAUGCUAAACUUUUGGGAUUAUUGAAAAAGAAGCAUGCACUUCAACAUUCUUCGUUAAUUGGAAAUCUUAAAGACCGAGAAUUAUUGAAGAGGGAUAAUUUCUAUGUUGAGUUUGGUUGCGGUAAGGGAGAACUAUCCAGAUCCUUAAACCAAUGCAUAAUGUCAGAUAUAAAAGGUGGUGAAGAAGAAGAACAAACCGGGAAAUAUGGAUUUGGUCUAAUCGACAGAGGAGUUAAUAGAUUGAAGCUGGAUAGAAGAAUCAUAAAGGAUUGUGAAGAAGGCAAAUUUCCGUAUGCCCAUCCAAUUAUUAGAAGAAGUAGAAUUGAUAUCAAGGAUUUAAAACUUGAUAAUUUUGUACUUGACUUAGAACCCAAAAAAGUUGUUGGGAUAUCCAAGCAUUUGUGUGGGGCCGCUACUGAUUUGACAUUGAAGCUGAUAUUCAACUCUACAUUAUUAUCUGAAAACCUCGAUAAGUUUGGUGGUUUACUAAUUGCAAUGUGCUGUAGACAUGCAUGUCAAUAUCAACAAUUAUUACCCCAAUCGCAAAAAUACUUGUAUGAAAAAGGGUUCAAAACAGAAGAGUCUUUCAAGAUAUUGAAAAAAAUAGUAUCAUGGGCCGUUAGUGGCUUCAGAGAGAACGAGGAGAAGUCUAGCGAAGGUGAUAGAGAAGACUUAGGUCUAUUAGGAAGAAGACUAAUUGAUGAAAGUAGAGUUUGGGCAAUUAAUCAAAUACUAUCCGAUAAGGGGCUCAUUGCUGAAAUGUUUAUUUAUACUGAUAAAGAAAUAACAUUAGAAAACUCCUGUUUAUGUAUACGACCAAAAUAA